AAAAGACAGCUGGAAAGAGAUACCGUAUUUCUUCAAAUAGUGGGCCCACAAAUUUGAGCACAAAUAAUCACUUAAUUAACAUUUGGUAGAUUUUUUUUAAUAGAUGCAUAAAAAUAUUUUUUGAUGUACUUUGGCCGACAUGUCACCACGAAGUUAGAUCACAUCCGGUGUCACGUGGUCACAGUUCAGCUGAGCUGAGAUUCGGACACCAUGCUAUGUUUGCUGUGGAUGACGUUGCUGUUGGCUGUGGGCGUGGCUAAGACGUCACAACCAACCAGGCAUCCCUCAUUUAGCGCACAGCCACCACUGGACCCUGAAGUGCACAUGAACAUUACAGAGAUCAUCAGGAGAUGGGGCUACCCGGCCGAGGAACAUGAGGUUUUGACAGAGGAUGGCUACAUCCUGAUGUUGAACAGGAUUCCCGUAGGACUCAAGAAGACGCAAGGUCCGAGACCGGCUGUUUUACUACAACAUGGCCUCCUGGCAGCCGGGAGCAACUGGAUCACCAACCCGCCCGCUUCUAGUCUGGGCUACGUGUUAGCUGACGCCGGAUAUGAUGUUUGGCUGGGAAACAGCAGAGGAAACACCUGGUCCAGGAAACACCAGAAGCUCCGCCCAGAUCAGGAAGACUUCUGGAGGUUUAGUCACGAUGAAAUGGCUAUGAAGGAUCUACCUGCCGUUGUGGACUACAUCCUGAAGGAGACCGGCCAAGAAGACAUUGUUUACAUUGGACACUCUCAAGGGACCACCAUAGCAUUCAUGGCGUUCUCCACGCUACCGCAACUGGCUGCCAAGAUCAAGCUGUUUGUUGCUUUGGCUCCCGUGGCAACAGUGGCCUUCACCAGCAGCCCCAUGACCAAACUGUCCUCCUUGCCCGACACCCUGGUUCACACCCUGUUUGGAAGGCGGGAUUUCCUGCCUCAGAGUCACAUGAUCGAGUGGUUUGCGGAGCAUGUUUGCGCCAAGCAUCUGCUUAGCGAACUGUGUGGAAAUCUAUUCUUCAUCCUGUGUGGCUUUGACGAGAAGAACCUCAACAUGACUCGAACAGCGGUCUACACCACACACUGUCCUGCUGGGACAUCCGUCCAAAACAUGCUCCACUGGGCCCAGGCCGUCAGAGGCGGGAAACUGAUGGCGUUUGACUUUGGCGCCACAGGAAACAUGGAACAUUACAACCAGUCAACUCCACCCCGGUACCGAGUCCAAGACAUGAAGGUUCCCACGGCCAUUUUUUCUGGGGGACAGGACACGCUGGCCGACCCCAAAGACAUGGCCGUCCUCCUGACUCAGGUGUCCAAUCUGGUCUUCCAUCAGCACAUUGAACAUUGGGAACAUCUGGACUUCAUAUGGGGGCUUGAUGCUCCUCAGCUGAUGUUUCCGAUGGUCUUGAAGCUUCUGCAGAAAUACCAUUAGAGGGGGGGGGGGGGGCACUCUGUGUGUGUGUGUGAGAGAGAAACCACAUGAAGACCUCAGGGAAAGCUAAAAAAUGAUAUUACAUUUCUACACAUUUUUAUUGGCUGUUUUAGACCAAAGGAGUCCAUUUUGUUGACUUUUUAACUUCCUGUCAUUCCUUUGUCCUUACGAUUCCAUUAAAAAAAUAUCCACUAUCAAGU